UUGGUCACUGGUCGAGCCAUCCUCCUUAGUAUUCCCUGGCAAAAUGACUGCACACUACAUCUUUUGAAUGUCUAUGCCCCGAACGACCCCACUGAGAACCAACGUUUCUGGUCGCAACUCCUUGAGCACUGGACAACCAACCACUCGCCGCCUCCAAAAGCAGACAUCAUGCUUGGUGACUUCAACCUGGUCGAGGACAAGCUUGACCGCCUUCCACUGCACGCUGACCACGCCGGAGCUGUCGCGGAGCUUAAUGCACUGAAAACAUGCCUGGGACUCUACAAUGGCUGGCACACCACAUACCGCAACAAACGAGAAUUCUCAUUUCUACAAGGUAGUACGGGCAGCCAGUCAUGCAUCGAUCACAUUUACGCUUCAUAUACCCUACUUCAAAUAGCCUCCCAGUGGAACAUCAUAUGCACUGGCCUAUUGACGGACCACAGCAUGGUUUCAACGCACCUUGUAAACAGAACAACCCCAUUUAUUGGCUCUGGACGCUGGACCAUGCCACUCCUCUUAAUGCACGAUGAAGAGAUUGCCCCCUACAUCUAA